GAGGCAGUUCGCGCAGCCAUUCAAAAAGCAUAUUGUAUGUGUGGACACUUCGGUCCAUGGUUCCCGAACGAUAGCAGCUCAACUGACCCUAACUUUUCCCUUUUCUCUGCAGUAAAGGGUAUAGCCAAAAGAGGCAAUUCAACCAUAGACUCGGUUGGACGCAAAUGGGGGUAUUCGACCGUAAACAUCGGUUGUGGGGAAGGUAGGAGAAUGGGGGGUGACGAAUGGGAGCUCCCCGGGGCACGGGACACUGUACGUGUCUCUGUGGGGGAGCUUAGCAGUGAUGGAUACGGCGCCGCGGGGUGCGAGGGCUCUCACAUCAAUCGCUCUGAUAGAGCGGAAUGCGAGAUCUUGCUGGUCAUCGGAGGGGAUGAUAGCAUGAUGUGCUGG